CUUAUAAAAAAUGAGUGAUAUUUAAGAAUUAAUAGAUGAUUUUAAAAAAGUGCAAAUCAAAGAUGAUAAUCGAGAAGAUGAGUAAAAAGAAUAAAAAAUUGAAAAACAAGAGAAAUAAGAUGAAUCAAAUGAUAAAAUAUUGCAGAAAGAAUAAAGUGAAAAAUAAUAAGAAUAAGAAUUAAUCGAAGAAAAUAAAAACAAUACAGAAGCUUAAAUAGAUGAAUAAAAAUAAGAAGAAUUUAAAAUGAAAUAAUAAGAAAAAGAAUUAGAAGAAGCUUUAAAAAAUCAAUUAGUUAUUUAGGAUUAAAAAGAAGAAAAAAAAAAGGAAAAUCCUAAGUCUGGUGAAGAAGAACAAACCAUAAUAAAAGGUACAAUGAGAAGUGAUGGCACAAUGAGAAAAGACAUAAAAGUAAGAGCUGGAUACAAGAAUGCUGAUAUGAUUUAAAGAUAUGUGAUACCCUAAAAAAGAAAAUGA